GGGGCGGCAGAUUCUCAAAGGCGCCUUGUUCGCUAGCGCCCUCCUAGCGACAGCGGGCUGCGGCGUCUCGUGUCGCCAGCAUCUCCUCACCGGCCGCUGAGGGCUCCGGGCAGUCCCGGCGCCGUGCCCAUUCCUGGGGCUCACUUGGGGACUGGGAGCUGCUGCAGCCUUCUCAGCAGUUGCCCACCUGGAGGUGGCCUCUUGUCCUUGAGUGACCUCUUUUCCCCAGACUCUUCCAACCAGCGUAGACUGUCCCCGCGUCUCUCCACUAGGUUCGUUUUCACCUGGGUUCCAGGACUUCUUUACCUCAUCCCCCCAUUUUCACCUCUUGAGACAUGAUUAACCUGUUUUUCCAGUCUCUGUGCCCCACACAGGCUCUCCCCACCUCUCCGUCCUUCCUGCCCUCCACCCCCAUCCCCUGCAGCCUUUGCCUUCCAGCCCCAGGUCUCCAGCCACUAUCUAUAGCCCUGUCUAUAAAUACCCCUGCCCCGGCUGCUCUGUAAUUAUAUGGGGCAGGGCAGGGGAAGUAAUUGUGGAGAUGUGUUGGGGGGGUGGUAGCGACCCCCAGGCCCGCCUCUCCCCUCCCACUGUACUCUUAAGUCCCGCCCAGGACUCUGCUGAAAUGGGGCUGUGGGCCCCCAAGGGGGAGGGAACUGAGGGGAGGGGGCUGUGACUGGACGUCUGGGUCCUAGAAAAGGAAGGGGCUGGAGAAGAGAUUGGGGUUCCUGAAAAGAGAAUCUUCUGGUGUAGGCCAUUGAGUUCUUGCAAGGCGCAGGGCAGAACAGUCAGAGGAUCAGCGAGGGAGCGUUCCUGUGCGCUCCCCCGCCCCAGGUGGAAACCGAGCCUGGGACGUUCAUUGCCUCCGGCGCCCGUGGGUCCCUGGGACCCAGUGUCCUGGUCAUCAGCCAUGCAGCGGUUCAGCCGCUGCCAUCGCCUCCUGCUUGUACCACUGGUGCUGGGGCUAAGCUGGGCCCCAGCCUGGGCAGGUACACCCUCUGUGGAUGUGCUCCAGGCCCUGAGGUUUCCUUCCCUGCCUGAUGGUGUCCGCAAGGCAAGAGGCAUCUGCCCGGCUGAUGUGGCCUACCGAGUGUCCCGACCUGCUCAGCUCAGCGCACCCACUCGCCAGCUCUUCCCAGGAGGUUUUCCCAAAGAUUUCUCUCUGUUGACUGUUGUCCGGACCCACCCUGGCCUCCAGGCUCCCCUCCUGACCCUUUAUAGUGCCCAGGGCAUCCGACAGCUGGGCCUGGAGCUUGGCCGACAUGUCCGUUUCCUGUAUGAGGAUCAGACUGGCCGACCUCGACAUCCAGCUCAGCCAGUCUUCAGAGGCCUCAACCUAGCAGAUGGCAAGUGGCACCGUGUGGGUGUGGCUGUGAAGGGCCAGUCUGUCACCCUCAUUGUUGACUGUAAGAAGCGAGUCACCCGGCCCCUCCCCCGAAGUGCUCGUCCAGUGUUGGACACGCGUGGAGUGAUCAUCUUUGGUGCCCGUAUCCUGGAUGAAGAAGUCUUUGAGGGUGAUGUCCAGGAGCUUGUCAUUGUUCCGGGGGUGCAAGCUGCCUAUGGAUCCUGCGAACAGAAGGAGCUGGAGUGUGAGGGGAACUGGAAGGAGAGACCUCAGAAACAACACUCUUACAGAGCCCAAAGAUCUCCAAAGCAGCAACCAUCAAGACUUCAUAGGCUCCAAAACCAGGAGCCCCAGAGACAGCCCACUGAGUCUCUCCACUAUGACUACGAGCCCCUCUAUUACGAUGUGAUGACUGCAAGGACGACCCCUGAUUACCAGUACCCCACCCCAGGUGAAGAGGAAGGAGUCCUGGAAUCAAGCCCCUUGCCACCCCCUGAGGAGGAGCAGACAGAUCUCCAGGUCCCCUCCACAGCCAACAGGUUCCUGACAGAGGAAUAUGGGGAGGGUGGCACAGACCCCCCAGCAGGGCCCUACGAUUACACCUAUGGCUAUGGGGACGAUUAUCGUGAGGAGACGGAGCUCGGCCCUGCCCUCUCUGCGGAGACAGCCCGCUCAGGAGCCGCUGCCCGUGGACCUCGGGGGCUAAAGGGAGAGAAGGGGGAACCUGCAGUGCUGGAACCUGGUAUGCUAGUUGAGGGGCCACCCGGCCCAGAAGGCCCUGCGGGGUUGACUGGUCCCCCUGGCAUCCAGGGCAACCCAGGCCCAGUUGGUGACCCUGGUGAGAGGGGCCCCCCUGGCCGAGCAGGGCUCCCUGGAUCAGAUGGGGCCCCUGGCCCUCCCGGCACAUCCCUCAUGCUUCCAUUCCGGUUUGGCAGUGGUGGGGGUGACAAGGGCCCUGUGGUGGCUGCCCAGGAGGCUCAGGCCCAGGCGAUUCUGCAGCAGGCACGGCUGGCACUCCGUGGACCCCCUGGACCCAUGGGAUACACAGGUCGCCCUGGACCCUUGGGACAACCUGGGAGCCCUGGUCUGAAAGGAGAAUCUGGAGAUCUAGGACCUCAGGGUCCCAGAGGACCUCAGGGCCUCACAGGCCCUCCUGGCAAGGCUGGGCGAAGGGGCCGAGCAGGUGCUGAUGGAGCUCGAGGGAUGCCUGGAGAACCUGGAGUAAAGGGUGACCGAGGCUUUGAUGGACUCCCAGGGCUUCCUGGGGAGAAGGGACAUAGGGGUGAUACUGGUGUCCAGGGCCUUCUUGGGCCCCCUGGCGAGGAUGGAGAGCGGGGAGAUGAUGGGGAGAUUGGGCCUCGGGGGUUGCCUGGAGAGUCGGGACCUCGGGGUCUCCUUGGCCCUAAAGGCCCACCUGGUAUUCCUGGACCACCGGGAGUCCGAGGCAUGGAUGGUCCCCAUGGUCCCAAAGGGAGCUUGGGACCACAAGGAGAGCCAGGACCCCCUGGACAACAGGGCACUCCUGGGACCCAGGGUCUCCCUGGGCCUCAGGGUGCCGUCGGCCCCCAUGGAGAGAAGGGUCCUAGAGGGAAACCAGGGCUCCCUGGCAUGCCUGGCUCAGAUGGAUCCCCGGGUCACCCCGGGAAGGAAGGUCCCCCUGGAACCAAAGGAAACCAGGGUCCAUCCGGACCUCAGGGUCCUCUAGGAUACCCUGGACCUCGAGGUGUCAAGGGUGUGGAUGGAAUUCGGGGUCUGAAGGGUCAUAAGGGUGAAAAGGGUGACGAUGGCUUUCCCGGGUUCAAAGGUGACAUGGGUGUGAAAGGUGACAGGGGUGAAGUUGGAGUCCCUGGUUCUAGAGGAGAGGAUGGUCCUGAGGGGCCGAAGGGACGUACUGGGCCCACUGGAGACCCUGGGCCCCUUGGGCUCAUGGGCGAGAAGGGCAAGCUGGGUGUUCCUGGUCUGCCUGGCUAUCCUGGACGCCAAGGCCCCAAGGGGUCCCUAGGAUUCCCUGGUUUUCCUGGAGCCGGUGGAGAGAAGGGGGCCCGGGGCCUGUCGGGGAAAUCAGGGCCUCGGGGAGAGCGGGGCCCCACGGGUCCACGGGGUCAGCGGGGACCCCGAGGAGCCACUGGAAAGUCUGGAGCCAAGGGAACAUCGGGUGGCGAUGGUCCCCACGGGCCCCCUGGAGAAAGGGGUCUCCCAGGGCCUCAGGGCCCCAACGGAUUUCCUGGUCCCAAGGGACCUCCGGGCCCCCCUGGGAAGGACGGGCUGCCGGGGCACCCAGGCCAGAGAGGAGAAGUGGGAUUCCAAGGGAAGACUGGCCCCCCUGGCCCCCCAGGGGUGGUGGGACCUCAGGGAGCUGCAGGAGAAACCGGGCCCAUGGGGGAGAGAGGUCAUCCAGGUCCCCCAGGACCCCCUGGAGAGCAGGGACUGACGGGAACAGCUGGAAAAGAAGGAACAAAGGGUGACCCUGGUCCUCCUGGGGCCCCAGGGAAAGAUGGUCCUGCCGGGCUGAGGGGCUUCCCAGGAGAGAGAGGCCUCCCAGGCACUGCUGGCGGACCUGGUCUGAAGGGAAGUGAAGGUCCGGCUGGCCCCCCUGGCCCCGCAGGAUCCCCUGGGGAACGAGGCACAGCAGGAUCUGGAGGACCCAUUGGUCCCCCAGGACGCCCAGGACCUCAGGGUCCCCCUGGAGCAGCAGGAGAGAAAGGUGUCCCGGGUGAGAAGGGCCCCAUUGGUCCUAUUGGCCGCGAUGGGGUGCAGGGUCCCGUGGGGCUUCCUGGUCCUGCUGGCCCCCCAGGUGUGGCAGGAGAGGAUGGAGACAAGGGUGAGGUGGGAGACCCCGGACAGAAGGGCAUUAAAGGGAACAAAGGUGAACAUGGCCCUCCUGGACCCCCUGGACCCAUCGGUCCCGUGGGGCAGCCUGGAGCAGCGGGAGCAGAUGGGGAGCCCGGACCCCGGGGACCCCAGGGACACUUUGGAGCCAAAGGUGAUGAGGGAACAAGAGGAUUCAAUGGGCCCCCAGGACCCAUUGGCCUACAGGGUUUGCCAGGCCCCUCUGGAGAGAAGGGAGAAACAGGAGACGUGGGCCCUAUGGGACCACCUGGCCCCCCAGGACCACGAGGCCCAGCUGGACCCAAUGGAGCUGAUGGUCCACAAGGUCCCCCAGGAGGUGUUGGGAACCUGGGUCCCCCUGGAGAGAAGGGGGAGCCAGGAGAGUCAGGAUCUCCCGGGGUCCAGGGGGAGCCGGGUGUCAAGGGCCCACGCGGGGAGCGUGGGGAGAAAGGAGAGUCGGGGCAGCCGGGAGAGGCGGGACCACCAGGGCCUAAAGGCCCCACCGGGGACGAUGGCCCCAAAGGGAACCCUGGUCCUGUUGGUUUUCCUGGUGACCCUGGUCCUCCUGGAGAAGGUGGCCCUCGAGGCCAAGAUGGCGCAAAGGGUGAUCGUGGAGAGGACGGCGAGCCAGGGCAGCCUGGAUCCCCUGGCCCCACCGGGGAGAAUGGACCCCCUGGACCACCUGGAAAGCGUGGUCCUGCUGGCACACCUGGUCCUGAGGGGCGGCAAGGAGAGAAGGGAGCCAAGGGGGAUCCUGGUGCUGUGGGUGCCCCGGGAAAGACAGGCCCCGUGGGUCCUGCAGGCCCAUCAGGAAAACCUGGCCCCGAUGGUCUGAGGGGGCUCCCAGGCCCAGUGGGCCAGCAGGGUCGUCCUGGAGCCACAGGUCAGGCUGGGCCUCCAGGUCCUGUGGGACCCCCAGGGCUUCCUGGCCUCCGUGGUGACGCUGGGGCCAAGGGAGAGAAGGGUCACCCAGGUCUCAUCGGAUUGAUUGGGCCCCCUGGGGAGCAGGGAGAGAAGGGUGAUAGGGGACUUCCUGGCCCUCAGGGCUCCACUGGACAGAAGGGAGAGACAGGUAUUCCAGGAGCCUCUGGCCCCAUUGGUCCUGGAGGGCCCCCUGGCCUCACUGGACCUGCUGGCCCCAAGGGAGCCAAAGGAGCCACAGGCCCAGCUGGACCCAAGGGAGAGAAGGGCAUCCAGGGCCCUCCGGGACACCCGGGACCCCCGGGUGAGGUGAUUCAGCCCCUGCCCAUCCAGAUGCCCAAGAAGACUCGGCGCUCAGUGGACGGGAGCCGCCUGAUGCAGGAAGAUGAGGCUGCACGAACUGGGGGGGCCCCGGGCAGUCCUGGGGGGCUGGAGGAGAUCUUUGGCUCACUUGACUCCCUGCGGGAGGAGAUAGAGCAGAUGAGGCGGCCCACAGGGACCCAGGACAGCCCUGCUCGCACCUGCCAGGAUCUGAAGCUCUGCCACCCAGAGCUGCCCGAUGGAGAGUACUGGGUUGACCCCAACCAGGGCUGUGCUCGGGAUGCCUUCAGGGUGUUCUGCAACUUCACAGCGGGAGGGGAGACCUGUGUGCUGCCGCGGGAUGACGUCACACAGUUCUCCUACGUGGACUCGGAGGGCUCCCCGGUAGGCGUGGUCCAGCUCACCUUCCUGCGGCUGCUCAGCGUCUCCGCCCACCAGGAUGUCUCCUACCCCUGCUCUGGGGUGGCCCCUGAGGGCCAGCUGAAGCUCAAGGGAGCCAAUGAGGAUGAGCUGAGCCCGGACACCAGCCCUUACGUCAAGGAAUUCAGACAGGGCUGUCAGACACAGCAAGGCCGGACGGUGCUGGAGGUGCGGACACCUGUGCUGGAGCAGCUGCCAGUGCUGGACGCCUCCUUCUCAGACCUGGGAGCCCCCCCGAGGCGGGGUGGGGUGCUGCUGGGGCCUGUCUGCUUCAUGGGCUAGGGCCUUCUCUGUCUGACCCUGUCCCUUGAAACCAGGCCCACCUGGAGCCCCACAGCAUCAGCUCCAGGCCGCCUCCAGAGGGGGCUCCUCACCACCUGGGGACCUUGGGCCAGGGCACUGAGAGCCCCUGGUAUGGGGCAGACCAGGGGAGGGUGAAGCGGGGUGCCGGGACACCCCUGGGAGGGGAGGGGCUGGGGUUCAUGGGCCUCCCACCUGGAGCCCGUGACCUGAUAGACAGCUGACGCACUCAUUUACAACUGGCCUCCCAGUUUCCCCAAAUGAGAGGAGGAGAGAAGGAACACUAAGUUUUUUGUAUUUAAAAGUAAUUAUACUAAUUAUUUAAAGAGUGGAAAACUAAGUAACUACAAAGAUAAAGAGAAAUGCCAACAAAAAUCAGUGGACCUUGGAGACAGGGCCCUCCAGGGUGCGCCCUGGUAGCCUCGUCCCGGCCUCAGGGCCUUUCCUCAGUGACUGCGGGGAGGGGUUCGGGCGGAACCCCAACUCCCUCCCCCCCGCCUGUGGCACCCGCUGUGAACACUGGAACAUGCGGUCCCCUUGGGCUCGGGGCUCUGACUCCUCAUCCCCAUGGACUGGCUGUCGGGCUCCCCACCUAUAGCCUGCUGUCCUGCACUUGGUCUGGGCCUGGCAGGAACGCCACUGCCCUGGGGACACACAGGACAGUGAGGGCCAUGUGCAGGGCCUGUAUUCAGGGGGCGGUCAAGACAUCGAAAUCUUCUGUAAUAGCGGGAAGUCACCACGGCCCUGAGCCCCCUGAGUAUCCCACUGCCAUCCUGUCCCCCGAGUCUGUGCCCGGGCACCCCCUCCCUCCCCCUGACCCGGCCAUUGAAGGGAAAUGCCUAUGGAUGGAAGGGACUCCCAGGACCUUGUCUGUCCCUAUGACCAGCGUCCAGUCUGAUUGAUGGUUAAAACAUGUGAUUGUUUCCUCCUAGGGUGUAUGUAUGUGAUGCUUGUGUUGUUACCUUUGUCCCCACCAAACC